GCUAUAAAUCUGUAAUUACGCCCAAACUAUAUAUCCAUACCCUCUGGUCUCUUUCUCUCUCUCCCCCAUCUUUCAAUCUCCCUUGCCUCUCUUCUCCUUUUAACUUAUAAUUAUGAAUCAUAAUUAACCAAACUAAAGCUAUAACUCUCUAAUUACGCCCAAACUAUAGCCCCUACUUUUAAAGCUCCUCUCGAAAAAUAUCAAGCAAAGGCCAGAUAUUUUUAUGGGCCAGCAUUGGUUAUCACUUAUAGCCCAAUUUACUGACAAAAUCCUCUUAACUGCUAUAUUGGCCGUUAAAUAAAAUUAACGAACACUUGACUCUUUGUACUGUACAUAGCUCAAGAAGUAAAAACUGAUGCUUCUUGUAGCAAAUUCAAGCCUAGCAUGGAACUUAGCACACCCAGCAUUCACUUUUUCCCACAAAUGCAAAACUCAACUGGACAUUGAUCAAUUACAUGCACAAUUGAUAACCACUGGACUUGUUAAAAAUCCAUUUUUGACCACAAAACUUAUCUUGAAAUGUGCAUCUUCCCCUCACACGCCCAUUCUUGAAUUUGCUCGUUUUCUCUUCUUUUCAAACAACUUCUGUUGUUCAAAGCGGAAUAGAGAAGACCCAUUUUUGUGGAAUGUUAUAAUGAAGUCGUUUUCGAGUACAAGUGAUGCACAUGAGGCGUUUGAGGUGUUCUGUUUGAUGCUCGAAAAUGGGGUUUUGGUGGAUGAGUAUUCCUUGUCUAUAGUGUUGAAAGCGUGUUCAAGAGUGGGUCUUGUUAAGCGAGGGAUGCAGGUUCAUGGUCUAUUGAGGAAAAUGGGAUUUGGGUGCGAUGUGUUUUUGCAAAAUUGUUUGAUUUUGUUGUAUGUAAGGUGUGGGUUUGUUGAGUAUGGUCACCAAGUGUUUGAUAGAAUGUCUAUCAGAGAUUCUGUUUCGUAUAAUACUAUGAUUGAUGGGUAUGUGAAAUGUGGAAUGCUUGAUGUUGCUUGUCGUUUGUUUGAUUGUAUGCCGAUAAAGAUGAGGAAUUUGGUUUCUUGGAAUGCUAUGCUUAAUGGGUAUGUGAAGUUGGAGAAAGGGUUUGAUGUUGCUUGGGAGCUUUUUGAUAAAAUGCCUGAAAGGGAUUUGGUUUCUUGGAAUUUGAUGCUUUGUUGUUGUGUUAAAUGUGGAAAUACUGAAAAGGCUACUGCUUUGUUUGAUAUGAUACCAAAGAAGGACGUAGUCAGUUGGGCUAUAAUGGUAGAUGGGUAUGCAAAAAUUGGUAAGAUUGAUAUUGCAAGACGUUAUUUUGAUGACAUGCCUGAAAGGGAUGUGAUUUCUUGCAAUGCUAUUAUGGCUGGGUAUGUUAAGAAUGGUCAUUGCGUUGAAGCAUUAAAAGUGUUUCAUGAUAUGUUGAGAGGGAGUAAUCUGGCUCCUGAUAGUACAACUGUGUUGAUUGCGCUUUCUGCAGUGGCAGAGUUGGGUUACAUUGAUGAAGGGAUUGCACUGCACCGUUAUAUAGGGGAGAAUGGGUUUCUUGUGGCGGGAAAGCUUGGUGCGGCUUUGAUAAACAUGUAUGCAAAAUGUGGUAGUGUAGAUAAUGCAAUGGAUGUGUUCAAUGACAUCCAAGAAAAAAGCGUUGAUCACUGGAAUGCUAUGAUUGGUGGUUUGGCCAUUCAUGGCUUUGGAGACCUAGCUUUCCAAUUGUUCAUGGAGAUGGAAAGACUUUCAUUAGAUAUAGAUGAUAUCACAUUUAUUGCAGUUUUGAAUGCUUGUGGUCAUUCUGGACUGGUAAAGGAAGGCAUGAUCUGUUUCGAGAUCAUGAGAAGAGCACAUCGUAUGGAACCUAAGCUCCAACAUUAUGGAUGCAUGGUUGACAUCCUUAGUCGAGCAGCACAUGUGGAGGAGGCCAUAAAAUUUGUCGAUGAAAUGCCAAUCUAUCCUAAUGACGUAGUUUGGAGAACGUUGCUAAGUUCAUGCAGGAAUCAAGAAAACGUCCACAUUGGAGACUCAAUGGAUAAGCAAUUAGUUGGACUCAAUUCUCAUAAUCCAAGUUCCUACGUGCUUUUGUCUAACAUAUAUGCUCAGUUUGGUAAGUGGAAUUAUGUUAGAAGGGUUCGGACAAUAAUGAAAGAAAGGGACUUGAAGAAAAUUAUUGGCAGCAGUAGGAUUGAGCUCCAAGGAAUUGUCCACGAGUUCUCCGUGGGAGACAAAUCCCAUGAUCAAGUUGAAGAGAUCUAUUCCACAUUACAAAUGGUUUGUGUAUAGCUGCAAGGUGUCUUCUUUCUGGUUGAUGAGGUUACCUUCAUUCAGUAAGCCAAAUUUAACUAGUCAUUAGCAUCUUUUAACUCUGGACAGGGAAAUUAUUUUAAGCUGUUCCUCUGUAAUUAGCAAAGCACCAGGAAAAACAAUCCCGCAACUUGUAAAUUUAAGUCAAAUUUAUCAAACAAGAGAAGUUCAAAAUAGAACUGCACUUAAACACUCUCUACCUUUUUCACAUUAUGUAGAGUCCCACAUAUUGAAUCCCCUAUCCCCACCCCCAACUACCUCAAGGUUCAAGGAUGUAUGGAUACUAAAUUCCACCAGUAAUGAGGUAGGCAUUCACAUCACUAAAAAUAAGAUUGUAACAUAAUAAACAAAAUGUAAAUGCAAGAACUUGUAGUACUGUUUUUUUUUUCGUUU